UAUACUUCACAUAUUCUCUCCUGACAAUCUCUCGCCCAGCUCAAGUGCUCAACACCAACUCGAAGGAUCGCCAUGCGUCCACCACGCUUCCUAGUGCCCACCACGGCGCUGCUUGCGCUCGCCGUUGCACUGUCACUGGCCGCCGCCGCCGCCGACGCGGCCCGCCACUCCUACGCCAUCGUUCCGGCGCCCGUGGAGCGGGCGGACGACGAGGUGCGGCGUAUGUACGAGGCGUGGAAGUCGGAGCACGGCCACGGCCACGGCUCCGACGACCGGCUGCGUCUGGAGGUGUUCCGCGACAACCUGCGGUACAUCGACGCGCACAACGCGGAGGCGGACGCCGGGCUGCACACCUUCCGCCUCGGCCUCACCCCCUUCGCCGACCUCACCCUCGAGGAGUACCGCGGCCGCGCCCUCGGCUUCCGCGCCCGCCGCGGCGGCGCGAGCAGGGUCGGGAGCGGCAGCAGUUACCGUCCCCGCCCCCGCGGCGGCGACCUCCCCGACGCCAUCGACUGGCGCGAGCUUGGCGCCGUCACCGGGGUCAAGAACCAAGAACAAUGCGGUGGAUGCUGGGCGUUCUCGGCAGUGGCAGCCAUCGAGGGGAUCAACGAGAUCGUGACAGGCAACCUCGUGUCGCUGUCGGAGCAGGAGAUCAUUGACUGCGACACCCAGGACGGCGGCUGCAACGGCGGGGAGAUGCAAAACGCUUUCCAGUUCGUCAUCAACAACGGUGGCAUUGACACCGAGGCCGACUACCCCUACCUCGGAACUGACGCCGCCUGUGAUGCCAACCGGGUAAAUGAAAGGGUGGUGACCAUUGACGGCUUCGUGAGUGUGGCCACCGAGAAUGAGACAGCGUUGCAGGAGGCGGUGGCGAACCAGCCUGUGAGUGUCGCAAUCGACGCAAGCGGACGUAAAUUCCAGCACUACACCUCGGGCAUCUUCAACGGGCCAUGCGGGACGCAGCUAGACCAUGGCGUCACGGCGGUGGGCUACGGCAGCGAGAACGGCAAGGACUACUGGAUCGUGAAGAAUUCGUGGAGCAGCAGCUGGGGUGAGGCCGGCUACAUCCGCAUCAGGCGCAACGUCGCCGCGGCCACCGGCAAGUGCGGCAUCGCCAUGGACGCGUCCUACCCGGUGAAGAGCAGCUCCAACCCGGCAGGGAUGGCUGUGCUGAAAAUGGUUGCUUAAUUAGGCCUUAGGCUGGCAGCCGACUGAACUGAAGUUACUCGUCUCCACUAUAGUGUGUUGUUCUUAGUUGUGUGAUGAAUGACGAUGCAUGGUCUAGUUUAACUUUAUAUAUAUGUGUAUCACCGGAAGAAAUAAUUAAGUUAGUCCUCAUAAUAAAUUUGUGAUGUGUGAUAAGUUAAUAACUUAUUAUUGUAAUAAAACUUCUGUCU